AAUAUGGACAGAAUGCUGUGCAGUCUUGCAUGGUACAACCGCAAGUUGCAUGUCAAACAUUCACCAGCGAAGAACAGAUAGCCAGAGGGGCCGAAGCUUCUCUACGUUUGAACUGGCAAAUGGCUUGAGAGUCGUUGUGGGGACUGAUCCUGACAAGUCUGUCGCUGCAGCCGCCCUUGCAGUUUUGGGUGGAAGCAUCCAUGAACCUAAAGAGAGGCCUGGCCUAGCGCACUUCUGUGAGCACAUGCUUUUGCAUGGAACCCUUCAACCAGGCUAUGAUGCGAACUUCGCUGAGUACAUCAAACAAGCUGGAGGUACUCACAAUGCUGUCACCACAGUGCUGCAGACGUGCUUUGCAUUUGAAAUUCAAUCGGAGAAACUUGAAGGUGCCUUGAGUCGCUUUGCCCGCUUUUUUGUCUCACCAAUCUUUAAUCCAUCGUACCAGUAUCAGGAGUUGCAGGCGAUUGAUGCAGAACAUAGCAUGAACACUACGAAUGACUUUAGACGGCAAUGGGCCAUUCUACUUUUGGAUGCAAAUCCGGAGCAUCCUUAUCAUUGGACCUCAGGUUGUACCAAGUCAUUACAAAAUCCCUUAUUGCGGACGAACCUACAUCAGGCGCUGGAAACAUUCCAUGCUCAUGCAUAUAAGGCGGACAGAAUGUCCCUGGCUCUUGUCGGAAAUCAAUCCACGAAGGAGCUAACAGAGUGGGUAUGCAAGUACUUUGCCUGCGUUCCUUCUUCUCGGGUGAGAUCGAAGGACUUGAACGACUUGAUGGGUGCCGGUAUUGGCAAAGGAGAGCCGCCCUUUUUGCAUGAAGAUUUUUGUAGCCAGGUUUUCGUAGUACCAGUCAAAGAACUUCACCAAUUCAAGUUGUCAUGGCUCCUACCAUGGCAAGUGGCCAAGUGGAAGUCUAAACCAACUGCAUAUGUCAAAUAUCUUCUUGAGCAAGAGGGUGAUGGAAGUUUGCUCGCUGCCCUUGCUGCUGCCGGUCUAUCACAAAAUCAUGCAGUCAAUUGCUUUGACUACCAUGGUGUCGCAUCUACCUUGGAAUUGUCAGUUGACCUCGUGAACACCACUGAAGAGACACUGAUGCGCGUGGGUACUUUGGCCUUCGCUUACAUUUCAUUGAUCCGUUCAAAAGAAGUGCAGCAAGAGCUCUGGGCAGAAAUCAGGGAACUGCAUGAGCUGCAGUUUCACUACCCAGAUGAACUGGGGGGUUCAGCGGCUUCUGCUCCGUUCGAUUUUGUGCAAGACAUUGCAUGCAAUUCGCACUACUAUCCGCCUGAACAAGUGCUUGCAGCGGAUCAAUUGAUAUACACAGAAGAUUUUGAGGGAUGCCAAUCUAUCUUGAGGCAUAUGACGGUGCAAAACGCUCGGCUGUGUUUGGUUUCCAAGGACUUCGAGAGUUUUUGCGUAUCCACGGAGCCAUGGUAUGGUGGCAAGUUUCUCAAGUGUGACACAAUCAAAAUGGACUGGAAAAAUAAAUGGAUGGCUGUUGAAACAGGCCAGUGGGAGCACAUUGCAAAGCAGGAAAACUUUAGAUUGCCGGGAAAGAAUAGUUUUAUUCCCAAGGAUUUAGUGAUGCGACAUGUGCCAAAGGAAUCGCGACCAGUUGAGAUGAAUGUUGGGGAUUCGUGGUGUCGAGCCUGGUUCAAACAAGCAAAUCUGGAUCAACCAAAAGCAGCUGCUGCGUUUUGUUUUUACUCGUCAGCGCUGCGGACGCCCAAGGAGGUUGCAUUGGCACACCUGUACUGCAAAUUGCUCCAGCAAGAACUUAAAGCGGAUGCAUUUCAGUUGCGGAUGGCUGGUGCAAGGUACCAGCUAGACGUAGCUGAGGGUGGCAACGGCAUUGUAUUGCAAGUGAUUGGCUUCAGGGACAAGAUGCACCUGCUAGCGAAGAAAGUGUCAGAAUCUCUCAUCUCCCUCAAUCUCUUGCAGAGCUGGAGACAAGUGAAAGAUCAACAGGAGCGCACGCUUCGAAAUGCCACUCGAGGACAAGCAUAUCACCAGGCCCUGAAGACAUUGGAGGAGCUGUUACUUCAAUCUCCAUCUGUCACGGAGCUCGCUCAGGCUACAAGUUUGCUGAGGGAAGAAGAUUGCACUGGACUGUUUUCCAAGUUCUUUGGUUCCGGGAAGUGUCUCAUAGAAGGUCUCAUAGUGGGCAAUGUAGAUUGCGCAGAUGCAGUACAAAUUUUGAAUGCAGUACUGGAUCCUUUAAGAUGCGUUGGUGAGUCUGAAAGCCGGGUAUUUCAUGCAAGACAUGUUCCAGCUCGAGUUGAAAUGCUAUUGCCCCGGCCCCGAUGGAGUCCAAGUCCCUAUCAACUCACGAUUCUUCAGCUGGAUGGCACAAAUCCAGAGGAUCGGAACAGUUGUGCAGUUGAGAGUAUUUGCAGUAUAGCAGCUGCAACACCAGAGAAUGAGGCUUUGGCAGCUCUUCUCAUGCAGAUUUGGAAACCGAUGUUCUUCAAUGAACUGCGAACAUGUCAGCAGUUGGGCUAUGUGGUAUCUAGCUUCAUGAGAACACGAGUGACCCAUAUCUCGUUGAUUUUUCUGGUGCAAACCGAACGAGCUCCGGAAGUGGCUUUGCGAAGCAUCGACAAAUUUCUGGAUAGAAGUAUCGAUUCACUUCAGAACGUCUCGGUACUUACAGAAAAAGAGUUUCGCGGACACUGUGAAAGCCUAGCGUUGCAGCUGGAAGAACCGGCUCACAAUGCUUGGGAAGCCUUGAGCCAAGACUGGCUUUACAUCCAGGAACGAACUUUUGCCUUUGACACCCGCGAUCAGCAGGUGAAGUUUUUGCGUAAUUGCUCUUUGCAGCGCUUUCGAGCCUUUGUGACCACUGAGGUGCAAAGCUCGCCGCGUUUGGCAAUUCUGCUACGAAGUCCAAAAGUGGCAUGGCAUCGCGUUCAAUGGAGUGGAGCUGAACGAGAAGCGCGAUUUUUGACCAAGUGGGAGUUGAGUUCCUACAAGGCUGAGCUGGUCCCGAGUCCUUCAAACAGCAUGUUCGGAAAAGUUUCAACAGCUCCCGAGGUGAGUCGUAGCGGAAGCCACAGAAAGACAAAUGGGUUGGACUGCACAGAAUAUGUUCAGCUUGAAGAUCCAACUGUCAGAUCAGCACAAAAUCAGUCAGAUGAUCUGAUCAUCGAGGAGGGGGAGGAAUGCAAAGUUGUGCUUACGGCAAUCCUACAUGAAGUUACUGAAUUGAAAGACGUCGCAGACACCAUCCAGAGAAAAAUCUUUGAGGAUCACUAUUCGACUCUUGGAAUCUCUGCGCAUGCGACGCAAGCCGAAAUUGCCACCGGAUUUAAAAGGGCCUUGACGAAACUCAAUUCCAAGCACCAGGCUGACCAGCGAAACAGAGCAAGACUCAAUGCUGCUCACAGCGUUCUGUCUGACUCUGAUGCAAAAUCUGCGUAUGACAAACACAGGAAAUUUGUGAACACGACAACCCUGUUUCUGGCCUCGGCGUCCGUAAGUCUGCUGGUCAUGAUUGUCCUGCGCCUCCUUGCCCGGAUGGUGUUUGGUGCUGAAGAACUUGAUCCCAGAAGUUUCUUGGGGAAGGUCACUACAAGCUUGGAUAAAGUCGAAUUAAGAGUGCAGAUUCAGCUCACAAAGGAGGAAGGUGAAUCCUUCGGAGCACAGUUGCAAUCUGACAGAAGCGGAAAAAUGUUACAUGUUUGUGGUGUUUGCAGUGAUGGUGCUUUAUCUCGACACAAUCACGAGGUGCAAAGUCAGCCUGUGUACAAUGUUGGCAGCACCCAGCCACCAGGGAUGCUUUGGUGGAAUGCGCCAGUGCUUUGGGAAGGCGACAUCAUUGAGUCUGUGAACGACAUCAAGGGUCAAGCCAGCGACUUGAUGUCUUCUCUCAAGUCUUCGGAGUCUUCAAGUCUUCUUGUUCGAAGAUCCCUCUCAGCUAAUGUCUCCAUUUGGCCGUGGAUCUGCGAGAGACGGGUGUCCCGGCAGACGUCCGAGAGAUGGGGCUUCAAGCUUCGAACCUGCGAUGGCAGCGACAGCUUGGAGGUUUUCGGCAUCGAGGAAGGUGGUAUCGCCCAGUGGAAUGAGGCCAAUCCAGAAACUGCAAUCCGCGUGGGAGAUCGCGUUGUGGCAGUGGACAAAAGUGUUGGCUCAAAAGAUAUGCUCGCUGCCUUGACCGAGCCCAGAGAGUCGGUGUGUGUGCUGGUCAUCAGAGGUGUCCUGAUGCCUUCAUCUGUGGCACCAUCUUCAGAAGAGGUUCUGUGCGGACCUAUCUGCAAGAACGAGGGACAGAAGCUUGGGAUUCGGAUCGGGCGAUGUAUAGAUUCUCCUCCCGGGUGUGGAAUGUUGGCAGAACCUGGCACCUUGAGCUCUAUUGUCGUCAAGGAGGUGGUAAAAGACCAUUUGGUCGACCGCUGGAACUCUCUGAGAGGGCUGAACGAGCAGCUCAUUCCGGGGAGUGUUGUGACAGCUGUAAAUGGCCGUCGUCGCAAGGAAGAGUUUGCACGUGAGCUCUCCAAGCAGCAGGUUUGUAUUUCGUUCCGAAGACUUUCAGCAAGCCUUCAUGCCCCCCAAGAUACUACGCCUGCAACAUCUGAAACUCCUGGUCGCUCUGUGAAUAGCGAUGUGCGGCCUCUUGACAUUAAACUUGACCAGGAAGAGCUUCAACCAUGGGCAGUACGCGCAUUCGGCUCCUGGGUGCCUCGAUUCUUGCUUCCCAGACCAUUUGAGGAGCAACUCCGGACUCGUCUGCGAGCACUGCGCUGUCAGUUUGAUGUGAAGAUUUGCAAGACUGAUGCAAGGCCACUGGGCAUCAAAGUACAGCAAGCCGGUGAAGAGCUGCAGGUUCUGGAGGUUGUGAAGGAUGGUGCAAUAGCCCUGUACAACAGCAAUCUAAUAAGUCCUUCUGAACCUCGUGUUGAGCAGAACGACUGGCUUGUGGGGGCAGAUGACAAGAAGGUUCCACGGCUUAUUGUGCAACACCUCUCUACAGUCACUGCGGAAGUGGUAUUGCAUCUUGAGAGACCAGCUUCAAAAGCAGCUCCUGGAGUUUGGGAGAUUGAAGUUGCUAAGAGCGCAAAUGAAGGUUGGGGGCUGGAGUUAUUUUCGACACCAGGGCACAGUAGCCCAUCAGUGCUGAACGUUCGAGCGGUUGGUCCGGGAGCAAUUCAAAGAUGGAACGAAAAUCAGGAGACCCUGUGGCGUGUGCAACCAGGUGACCUUUUGCUUGCGUGUGAACCGGAGGUGGAGCCCCUGCGCAUUCUGAAACGCCUCCAAGAUGUACACCGAGUGCGGCUUACUCUGCUCCGCUGGCACAAGGGCCCUGCUCCCCUCCCGGAGGUGCAAACGGAUGCCAAGAGAAGCUUUGAGGUCACGUUUUGCCGAAUGGUAGAUUCAGACCACGUUGGUAUCCGCAUGCAAGCGCCAGCACGAGAUCCAACAAGAAGUGUUGUCACAGAGGUGGUCCCUGGUGGCUUGGCGGACAAACACAAUAAGGCAGCACCGGAGUCGCAACGCAUCAUGAAGGGGGAUGAGGUGAUAUCAGUCAAUGGAGAAGCUAAUGUCCACCGCUUCCGGGAGAUUGGCAUCAAAGAGUCCACUAUCGUCAUAAAGCUAUCUCGCCCCGCCCAUUCCCUGGCAAAAGAAGGUGCAAGGAGGGAGCCAGGAGGCAAUGCACCAAUUGUGACAGAAAGCGCUGUCGCUGCUGGCCCACAAAAUCCCAACCGAGUCGACAGAGAUAUUAAAGAUGACCCUAUACAAAACGGAGAUGACAGAGGCUUGGAGGACGACACUGUGAAGGCUCCAGAGCCGAAGACAAUGCACGAAGUGCAUGAAGCGUGCGAAGUGCACGAUGUCUCACGAGGAAGUGCCAACGGAAGGGCUGAAGGCGAAACAUAUGAACCGACUGGACAGCCUGCAGCAGAGCCUGGUAGAAGAUUUUCUGAUAGAUGUGACAAUUGCGAUGGUCGCGAUUUGCCGGACCCUCCAGCUGAGCAAGCAGAUGGCGCUGAUGUAGCACGCCCAGUCAAGGACAGCAGUAAAGCAAAAGGGGCAGUUGAGAAACCGGGGCCAGCGUGGGAGGUUCCUCUGCCAGCAACAGUUGUUCAGCUUCGAAGAAGCAGUCCUGCACCGGAGAACUCGGAGUCAAUGGAGGAGAUGCUCAAGAUGCUGGCUCUUCCUCCAGAAUCAGCCAUAGCAAGCUUGGCUGUGGGCCUCGAUCCUUUGUCCAGGGAGCGCUUCAACCAGAGCAUAUCCAAAAUGGAGGAUCUCGUCGCUUCUUUGCCGACGGUCCUUUCUGGGUGAAGCGGUGAAGCUGGCAAAGACCAGCAACGGCGGUAACGGGUCAGCCGGAAGCAUCGCGUGUCGAAUGGAUUUGCCGGUUUGCCUUUGAUUGGAAAAUGUGAAUUGUGC